UACAGUUUACUUUUACAUUGCGCUCUUUUCAUAAACGUUUAAUUUAAUAAUUGAGUUAAUAUUUAUUCAAUAAAUACUUCUAUAUUCUAUAAAGUUAAUGUUUAUAAAUAUAUGAAUAACAAAUAUAUAGACUGAGUUUAUAUAUUCAGUGGGAUUUAAAAAUUUAAUGACAAUUAUGGAGGUUAAUUCUGACGAGAUUAAAAAAUCUGACAAUCCUGAUAAAAUCAGUGAAGAAAUGGAGGCUGACAAAGUGAUUCCGUCAGAUUCAAACCAAGAUUCCAAGUCUGCAGAAUCAGAAUCAAAUACAGUUCCAAUGUCAGUUGAUGAAUCAAAGCCAGAUCAUGUUUCAGAAACUGAAGAUCAUUCGGAACUGAACCAGGAUAGAAAUCUUGAUGAGUCUAAAGUGGACCCAGAAGUGUCAAAGUCAACAGAUGAAUUACCUGGUCAAGAAGCAUUUAAAAAGCCAGCGCUAUUAAUUGGUCCUCGUCGAGGUAAAACAGGAUCGAUACGUAUACUAUCGAAUGGAAAAGUAUCUCACGUAGCUCCGGUAGCAGUUCAAUCCACAUCCGACAGCUCUGAUGAACCAGAAAUAAUAUCAGAGUCAAUAGAACCACCGAAAUUAUCAUCUCAGGAUCACAAGCAACAACUACCGUUGCCUUACAAAGAACCAGCAUGGGGAGGAAGUCCCUCCGGUGACUACAAAGUUGAAGUAUUAAAGUCUGGAGUAAUACUGGACACAAUAGAUCUAACAAAAAAAAGUUUCCACGUCAUCGGACGUCUUCCGGUCUGCGAUAUCCCACUCGCGCACCCGACAAUCUCGCGGUACCACGCGAUUCUCCAGUACCGAGUCAACGGGGAUGAAAAAAACGGCCCGGGGUUUUAUCUUUACGACCUCGAAAGCACCCACGGAACUUUCUGGAACGGCUGCCGCAUAAGACCCAAGACCUACGUCAAGCUGCAAGGUGGACACAUGCUAAGAUUCGGGUGCAGUCAGCGUAAAUUUAUUGUGCAGACGCCCGUUGAGGAGGAAGAGCAGGAGUCCGAGUACACGGUGACGCAGUUGAAGGAGAUGCGCCGCCAGGAGUUGAUGGAACGAGAGAAAGAAGAACGAGAACGCCAGCAGAUGUUCGAAGAAAUGGAACGGCUGAGAAAAGAAAAAGAAGAAGCUGAGGGAAUAGACUGGGGGAUGGGGGAAGAUGCUGACGAAGAGACUGACAUGACUGAGAAUCCUUAUGCUAUGACUAAUAAUGAGGAAUUGUUCCUUGACGACCCCAAGAAAACGCUCAGAGGAUGGUUCGAGCGCGAAGGCUUUGACUUGCAGUACCAGACUGAGGAGAGAGGGAUCGGGCAGUUUAUAUGCUGGGUCGACUUGCCCAUUGAACCGGCGGUAGGUCGCAAUGUACGUGCGGAAGCUUUGGUCAAGGGCAAGAAGAAGGAGUCAGUUAUCCAGUGCGCUAUUGAGGCCUGCAGAGUUUUAGACAGAUACGGAUUGUUAAGACAGGCCACGCACGAAGGCCGCAAACGCAAGUCACGUAAUUGGGAGGAGGAAGAUUUUUAUGACUCUGAUGAAGACAAUUACCUAGACAGGACUGGUACCGUUGAACGCAAACGCGAACAGAGGAUGCGCAAUGCUGGUAAACUGGAGACCAAGGCUGAAACUUACGCGACGUUGGUGGAAAAAUUGUCUGGAGUUACUAAAGAAAUAAAGGAGAUCGAAGUAAAGCUGAAGAAACAUCAGGACACCAAACGUGGGGUUGAUUCAGAUUCAAAUGAAGACGCUCUCGAUGCUUUCAUGUCGAAUUUGAGCUCUGCUGUCUUAAAUAAGAGUGACAUUUUGAAAAUGAAGUCCCAGUUGCAGCAAUUGAAGAAAGAAGAAGAGAACCUGAAGAAGUUGGUUGAUUUUGCUAAACCAGCAAACUUGCCGUCGUUGGUGUCUAGUUCAGCAGUGGAAGACCAGACAGAGAAGCCAGAGAAAGAAAAACGACGCAGAACUGAUGAUGACGACGGCUUGGUUUGUAAGUUGGUGGAAGAUGAAGAGAGGAAAGUGUCCAAGAGUCGGUACGGGCUGAUCAAGAGCGAAGAGAUUGCUGUCAUUCAGAAAGAGCUUAAGCAGGGUGAUGAGGUUGAUGAGCAAGAGAGUGUUGAAGGAAAAAAGACUGAGGAGAACGAAGGAUUCGAAGGAAAAAUUGAGCAAGAAGGAAGCAAAAAGACGGAGAAAAAAAAUGAGGAAUUAUCGGAAGCUGAGCUCCUGAAAAGAAAGAAGAAAAAUAUGAAGCGCACGCAGAAGAGGGCUGAGAAGGCGGCUAAAGAAAGUAAGAAAUCUUAUGACGAAGAUAUUCAUAGCGUUGAUUAUUCCACUUGGGUACCGCCUUCCAAUCAAUCUGGCGAUGGACGGACUAGUUUAAAUGACAAGUUUGGUUACUAGGCUACGAUUUAUAAUUAAGGGCAUUCUCAGACAGUGUCCCCACUUUUUAAAAAUUUUCAAUGACAACUGUCAUACGCGUUUCUAAAUUUUAUCAAUUAAUUAAAAAAAAAUUAAAACAUUAAUGGAAAAAAGGACAAUUUCGCUGAUGUAUAUUUUUAAAAAAUCACUUACAGUUGAUGUCAAUUGGGAGUUAAACGAAAUUUAGAAAAUAAAUUUCAGUGAAAUCUUCAUGUCAAUUUUAUAAUUCGAAUUUUCAAAUUUUAUAGACUGAAAUUUAUUUACCAAAUUUCGUUUAACUCCUAAUUGAUAACAACUAUGAGUAAUUUUUUUAAAAUUCUGUCUCAGAAAAAUUACAACUACGUUGUCCUUUUUUCAACUGAGGUUUUAAUUUCUUUUAAUUAAUCAAAUUAAUUUGAACAUGCUUAUGACAAUUAAAAGUCAUUGCGUAUUUUAAAAAAAUGGGAGACACUGUCUGAGAAUGCCUUUAAAAAUAAUGAAUAAUUAUCGUUUUUUAGAUAAUAGUUUAAAGGCAUUCUCAGAUAGCGCCCUCACUUUUUUAAAAUAUUCAAUAACUUUCAAUUGAAAGACCGUAUUAAAAUUCUGACAAUUAAUUCAAAAAAAAAAAAUAAAACCUUAAUUGAAAAAAGGGCAACGCAAUUUCAUUUCCGCCGAGACAUAGAUUUAAAAAAAAAUAACUUACAGUUAUCAUCAAUUAGGAGUUAAACGAAAUUUGGUAAAUAGAUUUUGGUUCCAUGACAACUGAUCCAGACAAGUAAUCACACGAUAAUGGAUCCCACAGACAACUGAUUCCACUGACAAAUUCAUAAAAUAAUUAAUUAUUAAUUAAUUACUAUGACAUGAGUAAUUAAAAUUUACUGUUGUAAAUAUAAAAAGUUAAAUUAGUUGUUGAUAAAAAUCAAUUGACGAUCAAUUGUUGAUGAGAUUAAUUUAUAGGGAUCACUUGUUGUGGUAUAAAAUUGUUGGGAUCAGUUGACGGCACACCAUAAAUUUUAGCUUAAAACAUUUUUAAAUUCAAAUUAUAAAAUUUACAUGAAGAUUUUACUGAAAUUUAUUUUCCAAAUUUCGUUUAACUCCUAAUUGAUAUAAACUAUAAAUAAUUUUUUUUUAAAUAAAUUAUCAAAAUUUUACUACGGUCAUUACAAUUGAAAGUCAUUGAAUAUUUAAAAAAAGUGGGGGCACUGUCUGAGAAUGCCCUUGAAAAUAACUGUACAGUAAUGUAAAUAUAUUACAUAUGUUGACUUGCUCAUUGACAGAAUAUGUAAUUUAUAGAAUAACUAUUUUCAUAUUACAUUUGUAAUUUAAGUUUAUUUAUUAAUAGUUUCAAUCACCAUUGACUUACAAGUUUAAUAAUUUAUUUAUUAAUUAAUAAACAUAUAUUAUGAUAGUGCGAUAUAUUAGAUUAAUGCUUUAAUCGAGAUUUAAAUUAAAUUUAUUGUUCAACAAUUAUUAUUAUUUUUUUUUUUUAUAGAAACGAUUGAAAUUAAUGUUCAAUAAAAUUAUCUUUGUAUAAAAAGUUAAUGAAAUUUAGUUUGAAAUUUUUUUUUAU